AUGACUGGAAGAGGAACCAAGCGGAGGGGGCGGCCCCCAAAAUCCGUGGUGAUGGAAAGGCCAAAGAAGUUUCAAUACCAUCUCAUGAAGAAGCCAAAGUACCUUCUUAAUCAGCAAGGUACUGGUCAAGAAACCCCCAGCUCGCAGCCGAGUACCCCAACACAGUCCCGAGCUUCUUCCCCUGUCACUCGGGACCGGCGGAAGAAACGAGGUCGAGGCGGUAGAGAACAUUCAAGGAAGGGCAGAGGAGGAGGUUAUGGCUCGAGGAGAGGUUAUAACCCGGACGCUGUGGAGAAGGAUUCAGACUACCAUUAUGGCUCUGAUUUUGGUGAUGAGUCUAGUGGGAAGAGUGAAGAAGACGAUGAUCUCAAGACUGAAAGUGAAGAUAGUUUUGAAGGGGAUGAUCCUUCUAGUGACAGUGACUUCUCGCUAUCUAGCUUCAGCACAGCGGAUGGUGGUGCUCGUAGGUCUUAUUAUCAAAGGGCUCCCAGUCCUGAACCGUUAUGGCUUCAGAACAGAGAACUCCCUCCCCUGGAGCUGCCCAAGCCAUCAGAAGAUUUGUUGGUUCCACGAGAACUUGUCAUGCAAGCCUUGAGCAUCUAUGAAGUUUUGCGACAUUUCAGAGCGCUGGUUCGCCUGUCUCCCUUCAGAGUCGAAGACUUCUGUGCUGCCGUCACAUGUGAGGAGCAAAGCAUACUUCUUGCAGAAAUUCACACCACACUGCUAAAGGCUAUCCUUCGUGAAGAAGAUGCUCAGCAAACUCACUUUGGAGCGUUGGAUCAAAAGGACACUGUUAAUGUUACUCUUUUCUUUGUGGAUGCCAUGACAUGGCCUGAAGUCUUGAGAGCAUAUGUAGAAAGUGACAGUAAUUUUGAUCAGAAUGUUCUGGAUCUUUUGAACAAUUGUGAAUACCCUUUUACAACCACUGAAACCAGGUUAAAGGUCCUUCAGUUUUUAACAGAUCAGUUUCUCAUCACCAACCCAGUUCGUGAGGAUCUGCUUAGUGAAGUUAAAUUCCAUUAUGAUGACCAUUGUCGAAUUUGCCAUCGCCUGGGAGACCUAUUGUGCUGUGAAACAUGCCCUGCUGUAUUUCAUUUGGAAUGUGUUGAUCCUCCUCUUGGAGAUGUACCAACUGAAGACUGGCAAUGUAGUCUCUGCAAGUCCCACAGGGUUCCAGGUGUGAUGGACUGUAUUCCAGAUGUAGAAAAGAAUGGCAACCUCUGCAGACAAGAACAUCUAGGGUUUGAUCGUCAUGGCAGGAAAUAUUGGUUUUUGUGCAGGCGUUUAUUUGUUGAGAGUGAAGGAGAGGAAGUUUGGUACUACAGCACACCAACCCAACUGGAUGAAUUAAUCGAUUCAUUAGAUGAAAAUGAUAUGGAAGCUGCCCUUUGUAGAGAAUUGAGUGACUUCAGAGAAGAAAUGGUUCGGCAGAUGGAAAUAACUGAGAAACUAACUAGCCAAAGUAAAGGAAAUAAAAAAUCUUAUUUUGAUUAUGAAAAUGCCCAAAUUGUAAAGGCACAAAAGGAACGUGCCGAGCGCAAAAUUAAGGAAGAAGAGGAGAGAAGGGAGAAGGAACGACGUGAUCGUGAGGCUGCUGAGGCCCGCAGGAACAACAUCAUGAUGGAUGACGAAUUGCCCUGUGAUGAAGAAACCACUAUUGAAGAAGAAGUUUCUUGUUCAUCUCCUGUGACAGUUGAGACUACUGAGACUACAACCACCUUAACUAAAGAAACUGAGGAUUCUGAGAAAGUUACUACCACAUUCACACGAACUACCACUUCAACCACCACAGUGACCAUGUCAAAGGGUGAUGACAGUGGCCCAGACAGUGUUAAGAGUGAAGAGAAAGAAGAGGAGGAAGAAACAACAACCCGCCGCAGGGUUUCUGAAAGAGUGACACGGUCCAAAACUGGAUCUUUGCAACCAAGAACAUUUAAUAUGGAUGACCUAAAGAGACGCAGCACAGCUAUUACCUCUAAGGAUGAGGAAAAAGAUGGCCUUCUAGAUAAAGAGACUAGGUUGACAAGGCUCAAAGCACAACAAAUUGCUACUGGGACAUUCUUAUUUAAACUUGGAAUGGAAAAUGGGUUUAAAACCUAUACCAAUAACUAUGCAACCAAUGCAGCUGCUCUCAAUAAACCACAACGUAAUGAAGAAAGAGACAAAAAGAGACACCUGUCCCACAAAUUUUCACUUACACCAGCUGCAGAGUUCAAGUGGAUGGGUGCAACUCAUGGAGCGAGAUCAAUUCUUGUCAACACACUUCGUUUAACACUUCUUCAGUUAGAGUCAAGUAUACAGCCGCCUUUCAUGCACCCCAAUUGGCAUUUAAUGAGGAAGCCAUGGGUUGAAACUGUUGGAAAAUGUAUUAAUCCCAAAGAUUUUGCACGUGUUCUUACUGUAUUAUCAGUUUGCAUCAAGCCUGUUGUGUAUGCCUCUGUCUGGCAUGAUCAACUAGGCCAUGUCAAGUUACAACGAAUCACUGCUAAUGAUAGGGAAGAGCGGAAACGAAUUGAAAAGAAGGAAAAGAAAGACAAAGAGGAUGAAGAAGAGCGUAAUCGCUUGACUUACAACUUUGUCAAGUACACUUUAGGCCUCAAACAUCUGGUAUGGAAGCAGAAGGGUGAGGAAUAUCGAGUCCAUGGCCAGUGGGGGUGGUUGUGGCUCUCCACAGUUCGCAAAUUUGUCAUUCAGGACUGUCAUAAGAUGGGAUUGAGAGCUGGUCCUCAGAAAAUAUUUGUGCGAGUUAAAGAUGACUCUGGGAUGAAAAUUCUGCAAGUUGAUCCAAACACAUACAAGUUUUUGGAAAAGAGGUGGAAGGAGGGUAAAACUGAAGAGGAGAUAGCAGCUGAUGACUGUGGUUUAACUCCAGCUGCUGCAAAUGCACUUAGAAAUCUUCAAGUUCUUCCUCCAAUCAGUGAGUUUGAGGAAAUCAAUAUCAGUGCUGCAUUGGCAUCCAAUGUCAGAUUACACUAUCCUAAAGUGGCUCGCCGGUCUCGUCUUGAUGAAUUGCUUAGCCGCCGUAUGACCUUGAAAGUUUUAGAAGAAAAGCGCUUGGCUCAGCUGUCCAAGGAACCUGGCAAGGGUGAUUCUCCCGAACCUGAUACUGAGGAAGCUGAUGGUAGUGACAUGGAGGCUGAAUCAUCUCUGGAUGGAAUACUUCAAGGAAAUGCCACCAAAGUAAAAGAUCGAGAUGGAAAUUAUCAUGUUGUUUCUCGCAAAGUUGCUCUCUUGAAACAGCAACUAUUGACUUUGAAUAAUCUAGGCAAAGGACUUGUCUGUUAUUCUCAAGAAUGUAACCUUCAAGCUUCAAAUCCUGUUAACAACAGUAAUCAGCUGGCAGCUGCAUGUGUGAAUACUUGCUAUUCACCCAUCUGUAUGCAGAAAAUACGACUCCGAGCAGAUCUUUUAACUCUACUUCGUAAGGCUAAUAGCGCUUCUGCUUCAAAGUCUCUACCUGUGAAAGAAGAAGAGCAAAGUGCCGAAGUUAUCAGUGAUGCCAUUAUAAAGGAUUUGGAGUCUGCUGUUGCAUCCGCAACCACUUGUGAUGUGGACUUGCACUCUGUUGCUGGUCCUGUUGUCAAAAAGCCCAAAACUGAAAUCAAAGAGGAAUCUGGUGUGAAAGGAGCUGAUGGUUCAUCAGAAGUAAAGAAUGAAGAUGGCGAUGUUGAAGUUGACGAUGUUGCUCCUAAGAAAGAAGAAACAGAAACCCCCAGUUCUUCAGAGGGACUAAAAUCAGCCCCUGAUUCCACCAAUGAAGUUCAAGUGGCUGAUACUACUACUCCAGAUUGCAAUGAGGUUGAAGUUAACUCAGACGUUAAGUCUGAGAACCAGGAUGUUGAAAUGAAAGAUGAAAAAUCAGCUGAGGAAGCAGUAGUCUCUGUCACCACCACUACUACAAGCCAGGUUGUCACAACCAGUCAUCAACAAGUCAAGAUUGUUGGAGGAGUUGUUCAGAGCGUGAGUGCUAGCAAUGCAUCCACUGUAUCUGAAACAAGCACUACCCAAGUAACAUCAACAACACCUGCAACUGGCUCGCUUUUAAAUACUAUCCUAACAUCUAAGAAGAGAAUUGAUCACAGUGCCAUGGCAGUGAGAGCCAACCAAGGGGGUGUCACCACAACUUCCACAAGAGGUCAUGCAGUCACCCGCCAAACAAUUGUCUCAAAAGAUGAUGAAGGGAAAAUGUAUUCCACUGCUAGCACAUCUGGAAAAGUCUAUCUCAAAAGAGUGACUACAGUUGUGACUGACAAGAGAAAGAAGCGGAACCCAGUAAAAUAUCCUAGCUAUUCUCACUUUGUAUCUCGUUCAAAGAAACGUAGUGCUUUGAUUCUAUCCACCCCUGAACUACGGAAACUGUCAAGAUUAGGAGGGAAAAUGGCUGUUAGUGGAUUCCACCAUCAGGCCAAAGCCAACCCUCAAGCAUGGCCUUACCAAUGUUCUCGUCCUCUUUUCAAAACAUGCUGGCUGUACCGCACUGUCAACAUUCGCUCACUGGCUGCUGCUGCACACCAGCUCCGCAUUAUGUGGGCAAGUCUUCGCUGGGAUGAUAUGGUGGCCAAACCACCUACCAAUGAUGGCAAACAUCAAGUGACUACUGACACAGAAAUCAUGUCUAUGGAAAUCCUCAAACACAGACAUUUAGGACAGUUCAUGGAUCGCACUCAGUAUUUGAUGCGCAAAGUUGUUAUUCCUUUGGAACUGCCGAAAACUGUUCGAGAGGUAACUUCCAUUCGUAGUGGUCUUCGCAAACGCAAGCUUGCCGAGUCCCCUCUAAACACCGAGCCUCAAGUCACUGAGGAAUGGCUUGAUGAGGAAAAACUUGAAUUGUGGAAUAUAAGACAGUAUGGUGAAUUGUUAGAGCGACAAGCCACUCAAACUAUCACCCGGGCUCGAUCUGGAGUUACAUCAACUCAACCUGGAGCCCUUACCAAAGAUGCCAAUGUCCAACGAGCUGAUUCCCCUCUCAAUGUUGUGAAAGGCAAUCCCACAGAAAUUAAGGAGAAAUUAGAACAGCAACUCCGUAUCCAACGUGCAGCACACCAACAAAAGCGUGCUCUUGAGACUGGUGGUGCUACCCAGGUGGUGAAAAUGGCAGGUGGACAAGUCGUGAAACUUGUACCCACCUCACAAGCACAAGAUGGCACUGUGAAGAUGGUAGCAAAGGUAGCCAUUCCAGCCUCCCCAGGUGGUGGUCAGCAGCAGGUUAAGACUGCUUUAACAUCUUUGCUAAACAAUGGCACUGGCAAUAAGAACAUCAUAGGUACAAGGAGAGUAUUCAUGACAAACAAGACUGAUGGCACUAGAGUGAUCACUGGUCCCACCAGUAUACUUCCCAAAGCCAACACUGUGCAGAUAGCUGGACAACAGUCACUUAUCAAAAUUCAACCUACACCUGGGCAAGCCCAAACCACUGUCCAAAUUCAGGGUGCAACUCCUGCGUCUCCUGUGCAAGGACAAACUCCAGCCUCGCCUCAAAUAGUGCCGCAGAGAGUGCAGAUCCUCAAGCAACCUGAUGGUAAAAUCCAAGUCAAGGGGCUGAUGCCAGGCCAACAACUUGUGCAGAUGCCUGAUGGAAAGCUGCAUGUGUUAAAUACCACAGCUUCGCCUGGCCAGGCAUCUCCUGCUGCCACUAGAAUAGCAGUUCCCAACACUGGCCUUGUGCAAAAGACACCAACCAUUGUUCGAGCAAUUCAAGGCUCACCUCAAGCCGCAGCAAGCUCAGCUGCUGCUGCUGCUACCCCCACCACACCCACCACUGCUGUGGCGGUUACUCCAAAGACUAUCCAGAGUAUCCAGAGCAAAGGACAGCAGAUCCUUGUGAGACCUGGGCCUGGUGGACAGCUGACAAAACAAUUUUUGAUCCAGAACGCUCCUGGUCAGCAGGUCUUGGUGUCAAACAGUGGGUUAGCCCAACAGCUUGCUGCUGGUAAAUUUACCCUUGCCACAGUGAAUGGUCAGCAGGUUCUCAUAAGGACCCCAACAGCAGGAACUGGCGUCCCUGUGCCUCCUCUUGCGCCGCAGAUGGUGGGUAUGGGGAACUUAGUGCUACGGGCCGCUGGUCCAGCCCAAGCACAGCAGGCUCAGGCGCUGCAGCAGGUGCUUCUGAAGCAGGGCCAUGUCCUGGUACCUUCACCGCAGAGUCAGACAGUUCAACUGCAGGUUGCACAACCAGAGCCCAAGGCAGAGCAACCUGCGCAGGAGGUAUCGCAGGGUGUGGAAGAGGGCUUGGCUGAGACUCAAGUGGAAGGGGAAGGAGUGGCUGAAAGUGGACAACAGGAAACUGUUCCCACUGAUCAACAGGCUCCAGCUACUCAAGCACAACCCGCCGCACUGACUCCCGUCAAGACUGAAGAAGAAAAGGAACGAGACAUUGAGAGGUCUCUGAUGGCAGGCCAGCCUCCUGGCACCGUUAUCAAGUGCAUAACCGCUCAAGUUGUGAACACUGGGCAAGGCCCUCGCAUUGUUCUACAAGGUGUCCAGGGAACUGAAUUCACCCAGCAGCAGUUGGCGCUAGUCCAGCAACAGGUGAAACAGCAACUGCUGAACGCACAAGCCCAGGGCAACAAGACACUACUGGGCCCAACCAAAAUUUACCUGGCAGUGCAUCCUCCAAAGGCUGCUGCGCCGGCUGUCCCAGCCAGUCCAACUCCUGCCUUGGCUGCUGCACCGCAGUCGCCUCGGAAGUUGGUGAAGCCCGUCCAGGAAGGCCAAGUUGCUGGUCAACUAACCAGACAAGUCUUGGUGAAUGGUCAACCCCAAUCAGAUGCUGAUUCUGGCCUAGCGUCACCUACUUCGGAUCAAUCAUCAACUCCCUCAGCCUCCAACAAGUUUGUCGUCACCCCUGAUUACAUCCAGCAAACCAUUCGAAGCGCUCUGAAACAGGAGAAUCUAAACCCGGAGAUUGAGGAGAAGCUUCUCCAGCUCCAGCGCUUCCAGGAGAAGCAGCGCUCGAGACAAGAACCGGGAACGCCCGUCGCUCCGACGCCCCCGCCGCCGCCUCCACCGAGCAGGCCGCCAGCGAGAAAGAGGCCCGCGCCCCAACCGGCGCCCCAGCCAGCGCCUCAACCUGUGCAGCACUUGGAUCCACCCCCAGCGAAACGCAGCAAGGCCACCAAAGUUGUCGUGGAGCAGAAGCCUGAACCUGAAGAGAGGGUUGAGAGACACGAGCGAACUCCUGUAAGCUCCAAGUCUCGCAAGGAGAAGGUGAAGGAAGCAGCGGAUGAACGCCGGCGUGUUGCUGUAAGCCAGAAGCUGCAGGUUAUUUUGUUCCGCCACAAAGAAUUGCUUAAGAAAGACAUUCUUAAAAAGCGUGCCUUACUUGAGAAAGAAAUGCAGAUUGAGAUUCAGCAAGAUUUGUCGAUGGAACUAGCAGCUCGUACCAAAGCAGAGCGUAACAAACAAGAUGAAGUACGCAGUGCCGGCAAUACCGCAGGUGGCAGUGCCAGGCGCAAGUCUCAGGCCACUGCUGCCACUGCACUCACUACAGGAACACCCACUGUUGUCAGUGGUGGCGGACGUAGCAGGAAACAUUCUAGAGGCGAAGGACGUCCACCAGGUCGAAGUGAUGACCAGUCUCCACCCGGUCGUGGAGGUGGUUCUCGCCGCAAAGAGAAACUUUACUGCUUGUGCCGAACACCCUAUGAUGAAACCAAAUUCUAUGUUGGCUGUGACCUUUGUAAUAAUUGGUUCCACGGUGACUGUGUGGGCAUUACUGAAGAGAUGAGCAAGACGAUGUCUGAGUUUGUCUGUACAGAAUGCAGACAUGCUCGGGAUACGCAGGAACUGUAUUGUAUCUGCAAGCAGCCCUAUGAUGAAUCUCAAUUCUACAUUUGCUGCGACCGGUGUCAAGAUUGGUUCCAUGGUAGAUGUGUUGGUAUCCUUCAGUCAGAAGCAGACAAUAUUGAUGAAUAUACUUGUCCAGGAUGUCAGAAGAGCUCUGCAAUUAACAAUGCAAAUAUGAAGAACUUGUCAAACAAGGACUAUGAUUCCCUGCGCAAAUUAUACAAGCAGCUGCAGAGUCACAAGAGUGCCUGGCCUUUCAUGGAACCUGUAGAUCCUAAUGAAGCCCCCGACUAUUACAAAGUCAUUAAAGAACCCAUGGAUCUUCAAACCAUUGAGCUUAGAAUAAACGAACGUUCUUACAAUAAGCUCAGUGAGUUCAUAGGUGAUAUGACAAAGAUUUUUGAUAACUGUAGAUACUACAAUCCAAAGGAGUCCCCAUUCUACAAAUGUGCAGAGUCCCUUGAAGCUUUCUUUGUCCAGAAAAUAAAGUGCCUGAGAGAUAAAUUGUAA